GCUUGCCAAAUAAGAAUUUGACGCCAGCUUUUGUAAUAAGGAAGUAGAGAUAUCAUAUUUCCUACGUGGGAAGAUGUCUGAUCACGCGACCGGGUAGAUCACAUGACCACUUGUGUAACCAGAUAAGCUCCGGGUAUUCUGCCUAUAUAAGGAGCGUAAGCGGUACUUGGCGGCAGCGUGGAAAAGGAGGCACCCUGACUCAAAAAGGCUCGGAGCAAGGCAAGAAAUCAUGUUGCCAUCUAAAGCUGUCGUGCUGUUGAUGUGCUGCCUUUUCCUUGGCAACGCGAGGUCAAAGUUGACAUCUGAUGUCCAACGCGAGUUAGAGAAGAUCUUGCAAGAACUCAUGGAUAACGAGGCAGCAGAGGAAGAUCCUGAGAUAUCUGAAGACAAUGACGAUAUAGACAUCACGUCGAGAACGUCUAGAAAGGACACUUAUGAAAUCGCUAAAGCCGCCAUUGAAGAAGCCAAAAAGCAACUAGAGGAGGAAUUUUUGAAACGAAAUGAGUAUUAUAUAAACGGUACUGACAGGCUUCCUGGCGGAGAAACUGCAUCAUCGAUGGCUGGUCUCAACGACUUACAGUAUGGCUCAGAGGGGGAACACGAAGAGAACAGGACUUUGAUUGCUCUGUUUGCUACAAGAAUACUUUUAGAUAAUAAUUUCAACUCCUCCUUUGAAAGGCUGCUUGAGGAUAAAAACGUUACGAGGGCAUUUAGCGAGGAGGAAGGAGAAUGUGAUAACAAUAAUGAACCAAUAAGCCACCUGAGUUGCUCUGACGCUAAUAAAUCUGAGUACAGGACGAUUAAUGGAAGCUGCAAUAAUAUUGAUAAUCCGCUUUGGGGAGUAACCUUUACGGCCCAGAUUCGCAUUUUACAGGCAGAGUACGAUAAUGAGUUGGAUUCCCCAAGAACGACCGGGGUGAACGGUGUUCCCUUGCCAAGUGCCCGGACGGUUUCAACAAAUGUGCUUCGUAACGCUUCUGACAUCCAGACCCCCAACGAUCCAAUCAGGAGUGUGAUGGCAAUGGCAUGGGGUCAAUUCCUUGACCACGACAUCACGGAAACCCCUAUGAGUCACGGGAGGCUAGAUUCAAAUGUUGGUUGCUGUGUUUUGCCAGAGAAGAAAAGAAACACGAGAGAAACACAGUGCUUUGCAAUUAAAAUUGAACCUAACGACCACCACUUCACAACGGAUUGCAUGGACUUAGUUCGAUCCUUGCCGACCAGGGAAAACCCAUGUAAACCAGGAGUUCGAGAACAAAUCAAUGCCGUCACAGCUUUCAUAGAUGGAUCCGCGGUGUAUGGAUCUGAAGAUAAGUUGGCUAAGCGUCUUCGGCUUAAGUCCGGAGGGGCUAUGCGAACGGUGAAUGCCAAUGGUAGUAAAGUACUGCCUGAAAACGAUGACUCUGCUUGUGUGCUGAAUACUCCAAAGAAAGCUCACUGUCUGUUAGCUGGUGACAUACGUGUGAACGAGAACCCCUUCCUUGGAUCGUUACAUACUGCCUUCGUACUUUACCAUAACAAGCUGGCCGAACGUUUUGCCACCACGAAUAGUAGCCUAACCGACGAGGAGAUAUACCAGAUGACAAGAAAGAUAAUUGGCGCCAUUAUACAACACGUGACUUUUUCAGCAUGGUUACCUGACGUGAUUGGGGCCGAUGCCAUGAAGAAAUACCAACUUUUGUCGACCCAAACGGACCCUUACAAGCGUGGAACCAACCCGUCCAUUCAGAACGAAUUCAGCACGGCAACAUUGCGGCACGGUCACUCAAUGGUUAUUACGGAGCUCCUCCGCCUGAAUGACCGCUUCGAAGUGCAAAAUCAGUCUUUUCCUCUGGAAAAUGUCUUCUUCAAACCAGACCUCCUCUUCGAGCAAGUGCCGCAGCUGGUCCGAUGGAUAUCUACCUUCCCAUGCAAGAAGACUGACCCAUUUAUGGUUGAAGCAGUACAGGAUAGAUUGUUCAAUGGCCUUGACCUUGCUGCACUUAACAUACAGAGAGGCCGAGAGCACGGACUGCCAAGUUACACAAAAUACAGAAAGCUAUGUAAUUUAAGUAUUCCUAAAGACUUCGAUGACCUGGAAGACCAUAUCGACCUGCUCAAAAAGAAACUGGAGACAGCUUAUGACCAUGUUGAUGACAUCGACCUUUUUGCCGGUGCUAUGUCCGAGAAGAAUUCCGCAGACGAUGCUAACAUAGGUAACACAUUCUCCUGUCUGCUGGCGUUACAGUUCAAGGCGCUGAAAGAAGGUGAUCGUUACUGGUAUGAGCGCAACGGACCGGAAGGAUUCAGUCCAGCCCAGUUAGAAAAUAUCCAAAACGUUCGAUUGUCAAAGAUUUUCUGUGAAGUUUUCGGAUUAAAAGAUAUUCAGGAAAAUAUUUUCAGAAUUCCAAAAAUUACCGAUUUGGAGCCCUGUUCUGAUCUGGAAGGUAUCGACGUCAACCUCUGGAAUCUGAAAUAAUGCCUCGUAAUAGACAUUACCUUAAACUUCAAACCUAUAUGUAUACAUACCAUAUGUACCUAGGUAAAACCACUGAAGAUUUCAAUAAAAUCGCUUAUGUAUUACAGCUCUCCCCGUUCCUUAACUGUAGUUCACAACCUUUUAUACUUUGUCUAUAUAUGUACACUAUGAUACUAUUUCUAACUUUCAAUAAAUAACACUUUUGCAUCUGA